CAGUACCGCAAAAUUUAUCAUUCAGAGCCAGACUGAACACAGCCACGCACACCGCUCCUCUCCCGACUAAGGUCCUACUUCACCAGUACCAUGGCUGACGCUGCUGCAUCUCCCGCACCUGCCAAGAAGGCAACUAAGGCCAAGAAACCCGCCGUCAAGCCUACUCAUCCCGCCUACGCCCUGAUGAUCGCCGCCGCCCUCAAGAGCCUCAAGGAACGAAGUGGUUCGUCUCGUCAGGCAAUUCUGAAGUACAUCGUCGCUAACUACAAGGUUGGGGAUGAGAAGAAGGCUGGAGUCCGCCUCAAGCUGGCCCUCAAGAAGGGCGUGACCUCUGGUGCUCUCAAGCAGGUCAAGGGAGCUGGGGCAUCCGGCUCCUUCAAGCUGGCCAAGGACGACGUCAAGCCCGUCGUCAAGAAACCCGCUGUGAAGAAGGCCGCCGUCAAGAAGCCCGCAGCCAAGAAAGCCGCCGUCAAGAAGCCCGCAGCCAAGAAAGCCGCCGCGAAGAAGCCCGCUGCCAAGAAGGUGGUGAAGAAACCCGCCGUCAAGAAGGCUGCCAAGAAACCCGCCGCCAAGAAGGCUGCGAAAAAGCCCGCCGCCAAGAAGCCCUCUCCCAAGAAGGCUGCCAAGAAGCCCGCCAAGAAGUGAACUUGACCGCAGUACAAAGCUGUAUAGACUUAAGGGCAUCUCUAGGUGCGACAUGUAUGCUUCUGUAAGAAGUGUUAAUAUUAAGUAAAUUUUUUAUAUUGUACCUGAAGUUCUCAUAUACAAGAUAUCUCUGUGUGUAAAUAGAUAAUAUUAUAUAUAUAUAGAUUUUUA